UCGAUUAUCUUUUUCAUAUAAAUAUCCAUGGAUUUGGAAAACAAUUAUACAGACAUUCAGAAGUAUCUAAAGAGACAUUUCUCUGCAGAAAUAUUCAAUAUUAAUCUAAAAUGAAAGUGGUUAUUGCUUUGACAAUUUUCGUCGUUCUUGCAGCUGGGGCUGCAAUCGACAAAGAGCAAGUACAGCAAAAAAUGAGAGCUGCCAGUGAAAAAUGUUUGAAUCAUCCCGCAGUGGGCGUAGACAAGGAUGAGUUGAAGACUUACAGAGAAUCCAAAGGACAAGCACCUAAGCCUGCCAACUUAAAUAAAUUGUCAAUGUGUAUCCUGAAAGAAAACGGCUGGUUAAAAGACGAUAACACCAUAAACACCUCCGAAGUUAAGCAGAUCCUUGAGUUAGGAGCACGCGACCACCCCGAAAAACUAGAUGAAAUUGUGUCCAAAUGUACCGCUGACAAAGGCUCUCCAGGGGAAACCGCUACCAAUUUGCUUGAAUGCCUUGUCGUUCUUAGACAUCAUGCUUAGUUCAUAAGAAAAAUAUAGUUCAAUUAUAUUUUGAUGUAACUCAAUAAAGUUUCACGAAAACCAUUAAAAAAAA